UUCUACUCACUCGCUUUAUAUUUAUACCAAAAAAAUUGUUCUGUGUUUUCCAAUUUGAAGCCAUAUGCGCAGUAUAUUGUGUGGUGUAUUCACAAUUGAGAGCAUUACGUAUAAAAACUCAGUGGCAUUAAAAUAUGUACAUUUGAACAUAUCUAAAUUAUUGUGUAAAAAAACAUGUUUAAACGGCGGCUUAACGCAGAUUCAACCUCAAAGAUCCAGGCCGGCAAGAUACAGCGCCUUCUAUGUACAAUUUUUGUGAUCAGCUCCAAUUUGCAACUUUCGAGUGCCCAAGACUGCAACAACCCCACCCAAGUGUCUAACCCCUCACCCUCAGACAUCUGCAGUGGGCGACGACAGGGAGUCAGUAUCCCUACUGUUGUCCCGACUACAAGUGUUGUUCGCUGCAGGAGAUCCAGAGUCUGGCACAGGAUGAAUGUCCGGCAGGGGGUUGUCCGGGUAGAUUUGAGUGCUGCGAUGGGUUCAAAUGUUGCUCCCCUGCGGAGAGCGGUGCCUUGCUGAGUAAAUGUACAAAUGUAGGAGGACUUUGCGACUCCUCAUUGUCCAGUCGUCUGGAGUGCUGUCCAAAUUCAGGGUCCCUGGGGGAUGGAGUCUGCUGCACUGAGGAACAGCGUAAGUUUGUGGGGGAGUCUUGUACCGGAAACUCCCCCAGUACUGACUGCUCAGUGACUAGGAUGGAAUGUAACGGGAAUUCGUGUGGGUUCGAAGAGCAUUUCAGUGAGGACUCCGUGGCCCUGUUUAUCGUGUUGCUCAUCGCGUUUCUCGCCACUGUCGUAGUCGUUGCAGCCCAAAUCGCAUGUUGUGUCUUUUGGUGGAUGAGGAAGAAACGAAAAGCCAAAGAAAAUGAAGAAGGCAAGGGUUACAAAGACCCCGAAGUUCGUCCCUCCAGUAGCAGAGGAGAACCUGCCGGGGAGUCACGUUUCAGAGUACAGCUUCCCACUCUCACAAGACCGCGAGCAAGUGAACCCCCAUCCAGAGAUGGUAGAUACAACCCAGGAUUUGAAGCAUCGCCGGAACCAAUUCCGAUGGUGGAAUUCCGAGAUCGAGAGGCAAGAGCGAGACGUGACGACAACUUCUCGCCCGCAGACGAAAGGUCCUCACGAGACCAGGUACGGGAUCCGAGAAGUGACUUGGUCGCUAAUCGUCGAUCACGCAGUCAGGAUCCGAGAACGCAGACAGAUUCGAUGCAACGGGAAACACUCAACGAAGAACCGAGACGUCGGUUUCCUUCGCAAGAUUCCCAGCGGCCGAUUGACUCGGUUUCACCAAACGCACAAAGAAGAGAUGCGAGGAUCCCACGCGACAACCGAAUUUCGGGCAACGAUUUCGACCCGAGACUAGGACAAGAAAACAGAGGAUUUAUCAAUUCGAACCCAAAUUUCAACCAAGGUUCAGCUCAACGAAAUGACAUGAGUCCAGGAUUCAAUUCAGGACUUCAGCAAGCACGAAGUUUUGACCAAGAUUUCCCUUCUCCCCCGCCUAGAAACGAAAACCGGAACAGCUCAUCAUUAUUACGCAACUCACAGCCUUCAUUGCAUAAUGGUCAGUUCGCGUUAAGCAACAAUCAGCCACGAUCACAAAGGUUUGACCCCUCCUUUCGUAAUUCUCAGCCAGUGUUGAAUAAUUCGCGUGAGAACUUGUCGCCAGAACAAUGGAACUCAGAUGCCGAAUUACGUUACUCGCCUCAAGCUUUAAACCAUUACAAACAAAGUGGUAAUCCCCAAUCACGUAACGCUCAGCCUGUAUUACGUCAUGCAAAUCAGAACACGCCAGGUUUACGUAAUAAUGAAGGUCACCGCACGUCACUACAGAACUAUCAGAGUAAGUAUGUAGUCGAAGAGGAUGAAAACGAUACUUUGGUAAUUGGGGGUACCCCAACUCAUCGAAGCUGGGAUAGAAAUGGGAGAGCUGGGAACUACCAACGUGGGAGAGGGGGUUCUGAAGGCAACUUGUACAUGGGGGAGGAGCGGAAUUUGGAUGAUCCUGAAAAUGGGUGGCGUCUACCGAGUAAAGUUACAAUGGAAACUGAAAUCAAUUGAAGCUAGAAGUUUCAUUCAAACAAAUUAUACUGUAGAGCGGGACAGUUCUUGAUAAUUCUCAUCUUUUGUAAAAUUAUUUCAUUUUUAUAAUUCGACAAAAAUAUCCAGGAAAGUUUGAGCUUUUGUCUAGAAAACUUGAGUGGUGUUGCUCCAUGUAAAAACCAUAAUGUUUCGCAAUAAACAAUACCAAAGCAUCGUUUUAGCAUUUUGAAACAUUUUAGCAUUGUAGUUAACAUUUGAGGGCAUUAAGAG